GAACAGCAACAAAAAGCUCUUUUAAAUGCUUCUUGACCCGGCGGGUCGACUCGGGUCCUGUUGUCUGAGCUCUCAGACGAUAAAUAAAAAGGUGCUGGACAGAACAGCCUGUAAAAGACGGGGGGGGAGGGAUGGGGAAAAGAUACCAGACUUCUUCAGGAGCAUGGGCUCCGACAGCCCGUCCAGGCCGAGGCAGAAAUUCUGUGGCAUGUUCUGCCCGGUGGAGGGCUCCUCGGACAGCAAGACGCUGGACUUUGACGCUCUCUCGGCGUGCAGGGGCAGGAGUGACGGGCGAGUCAUUGACCGGCAGACCGACAUCUCACAGCCGCGGAAGGUGGAGAUCAGGGAGAGCACGGGGAAGGAAGCUCUACAGAACCUGGACGAUAAAAGGAGUGACCGUCUCCUCAUCAAAGGAGGGAAGAUUGUGAACGAUGACCAGUCCUUCUGCGCUGACAUCUAUAUGGAGGAUGGAGUCAUCAAACAAAUCGGGGAGAGUCUCAUCGUGCCCGGCGGGGUGAAGACCAUCGACGCCCACGGCCGCAUGUUGAUGCCGGGCGGCAUCGACACGCACACGCGUUUCCAGAUGCCCGAUCGGGGCAUGGUGUCCGCCGACGACUUCUACCAGGGCACCAAGGCGGCGCUGGGCGGAGGCACCACCAUGAUCAUCGACCACGUGGUUCCUGAGCCUGGCGUCAGCCUCAUCACGGCCUUCGAGCAGUGGCGCGAAUGGGCCGACAGCAAGUGCUGCUGCGACUACUCGCUGCACGUCGACAUCACCGAGUGGCACAAGGGCAUCCAGGAAGACAUGGAGGCGCUGGUGAAGGAUCACGGCGUCAACUCUUUCCUGGUCUACCUGGCUUAUAAGGAUGUUUUCCAGCUGACUGACGCUCAGGUGUACGAGGUGUUCAGCGUGAUCCGCGACCUCGGAGCCAUCGCCCAGGUGCACGCUGAGAACGGGGACAUUGUGGCCGAGGAGCAGCAGAAGAUCCUGGAGCAGGGGAUCACCGGGCCUGAGGGACACGUGUUGAGCCGGCCUGAGGAGGUGGAGGCGGAGGCUGUGAACCGCUCUGUGACCGUGGCCAACCAGACCAACUGCCCUCUCUAUAUCACCAAGGUGAUGAGCAAGAGUGCUGCUGAUGUCAUCGCCCAGGCCAGGAAGAAAGGCACCGUGGUCUACGGAGAGCCAAUCGCCGCCAGCCUGGGAACAGAUGGUUCCCACUAUUGGAGCAAGAACUGGGCCAAGGCAGCUGCCUACGUCACCUCCCCUCCCCUGAGCCCCGACCCGACCACCCCAGACUAUCUCAACUCCCUGCUCUCCUGUGGUGACCUGCAGGUGACAGGGAGCGCCCACUGUCCCUUCAACACCGCCCAGCGGGCCGUGGGUAAAGACGACUUCAGCUUGAUCCCUGAAGGCGUCAAUGGCACCGAGGAGAGGAUGUCCAUCAUCUGGGACAAGUGUGUGGUGACCGGUAAGAUGGACGAGAACCAGUUCGUGGGAGUGACCAGCACCAACGCCGCCAAGAUCUUCAACCUGUACCCCCGCAAGGGUCGCAUCGCCGUGGGUUCCGACGCCGACCUGGUGCUGUGGGACCCGGACGUCACGAAGAUCAUCUCUGCCAAGACCCACCACUCGACCGUGGAGUACAACAUCUUUGAGGGCACGGAGGUGCGCGGCGGGCCUCUGGUGGUGAUCAGCCAGGGCAAGAUUGUCUUGGAGGAAGGGAACAUCCACGCCACUGAGGGCUCGGGGCGCUUCGUGGCCCGCAAACCCUUCCCCGACUACGUCUACAAGAGGAUAAAAGCUCGCAGCAGGCUGGCCGAGCUGAGGGGCGUGCCCAGGGGGCUGUAUGACGGCCCCGUCUGCGAGGUGUCGGUCACCCCCAAAACCAUGACUCCCUCCUCCUCCGCCAAGACCUCGCCUGCCAAGCAGCCCAACCAGCCCGUCCGCAACCUGCACCAGUCCGGUUUCAGCCUAUCCGGCGCUCAGGUUGACGACAACAUUCCUCGCCGGAGCACCCAGCGGAUCGUGGCGCCACCAGGCGGCAGGGCCAACAUCACCAAUCUGGGUUAGACGCCCCCCCCCCCCCCCCCCCACCCCCCACCCCCCACCCAUCGGGCCACUGACAGAGGAAACGUGAGAGAUCGGAGGACGGACGGCCGACGGGAGCUGAGGGGUCGAGGGAACCGCGCCACGACGCCGGGAGCCCAAAAAACCCUUCGCAGCACCCGCCCGGCCAUCCGCCUGCCGCUUGCCAUGGGCCCACUCUCCCUCCUCCCCAAAAACCCUCACACCUCACCCCGAUCCUAAAGGACACCGUUAG